CUUCCAAGGCGCGUAAAGCCUGGAGAAUUAAAACUUAACUAGAGAUACAUGUCACAUAUGCAUUGAAUGGAGAUACACAGGCAGUUUUUAAUCGACAUGACAUCGAACAAAUCUGUACGAGCAUCAUCUUAAAACCAGUGGCAUAUUCCAAACCGAAAGACAUGAUAAGCAGCCGGAGUGCAACAGAUUAUAGGUCUGGCUCUGGAGACCAGUGGUACCCCAGAGAGAAGCAGCGACCAGCUGAGAUGCAGAAACUCCUGGAGGAAUUCAGGACACUCUACCACGAGCGCCUUCAGCGCAUUGACCAAUCAGGGGACAGCAGUGAGGAAUCCCUACAGAGCAAGGUGGGCGUGCUGCAGGCGUUCGUGCGGGACCUGAGCGAGCAGAACGAGGUUCUGAUCCGGGCGCUGGACGAGCGAGGCCCGCCGGCCGACGGGAGAGAGACGAGCCCACACAAAGAGCCUGAGCGGCGCCCGUCCUUGGCUCUGUGCCCGAUGCCAACGGACCUCGCGGGAACCACGGCAACGUUCCUCCGGACCCGUGCAGAUGAGCUCCCAGACCCACCAUCGCCCCGGCCGGCCCACCACGCCCUCGUGAAGCAGCUCCGAGACGCCUCUCUCUCUCUGAAGGAGGCCCAGGCUAAAGUGGAGGAGCGCGAGGCGCUGGUCCAGGACCUGCAGGACACCAUCACAGAGCUUCACCAGGAGAUCACCAGGAAGGAGCAGGACCAGCUGAGCCAGAUCCUGCACAUCCAGCGCCUGCAGAGCAGCAUGGAGCAGCUGACAGAGCAGAGGAGUGCUGACCUGCAGGUGUCCAGUCCAGGCCCCAGUCCUACUGCAGAGAGAGGCAGGGAUCUGCUCAAGACUGAGCUGGCGAAUCGGGACGCCACCAUCCAGAAGCUCCGGCGAGAUGUUCUGCUCUCUCACCAGGCCCGCGACUCCCAGAGUGCUCAGCUGGACGUCAACGAGCGGAGGAUCUCUCAGCUGCAGACAGAGCUGCAGGAGAGCCAGCUCGAGCUCCAGCGAGGACACGGCCGGGCCAGCCAGCUUCAGAGGGACCUGCAGACACACGCCCGGCAGGCUGAGGAGCUCAGCUCUCAGCUCGCCCAGGACAGGGGCCGUCUGGUGCAGGCGGAGGGGGAGAAUGAGGCCCUGGUGGCGUCCAGGAGGGCGCAAGGAGCCGAGUUGGAGAGGCUGACGGCGGAGGUGUGCGCUCUGCAGCGUGCCGGGCAGGACCGAGCGGGCGCAGAGAGCGCCCUGGCAGAGCGGAGGCGCGAGGAGCUGGAGGGGCAGCUAGCUGCCACACAGGCCCAGCUCACAGAGAGCCAGGAGCGGGCACAGGAGGCCCGGAGGAGGGCAGAGGAGCAGAGCCAGUUGAUGCAGGCAGAGUUAUCCACCCUGACAGCCCAGCACAGCUGCCUCAUCCAGCAGACGCAGGACAGGAGCGCCGAGCUGCAGGGCUGCCUGGCCCAGCACCGCGGGAGAGAGGCGGCGUGGGAGAGAGAGAGGACCGCCCUGCUGGCCCAGCUGAGCCGCAUCAGAGAGGAGCUCCACAGCGCCGCCAUCAGGGGGGAGGCAGAGUGUUACAGAGAAGAGCGGAUUGUUGAGCUCCAGGGGGAGGUGUGCCGGCUGAAGGAACAGCUGGAGAUUGAGUCCCAGGAGAUGCGCAACAAGCUCAGUGGGAGAGAGGACGACGUGAAGAGGCUGAGAGAGGAACAGCAGCAUCUCAAGGACAAGGUGUGCCAGGCGGAGGUGCAGGCGGGGCGGGAGCGGGCGGAGGAGAGUGCCCGGCACGAGAGAGACCUCCGGGCGUCGAGGGAGCGCUGCCACGCCGUGUCUGAGGCCCUGAGGCUGCGCGAGGCCGAGCUGGAGGAGGUCCAGCGGGGCCGGGACACGGCCUUCAGGAGCCUGUGUGGGCAGGAGGAGAGGAGCACCAGUCUGGCAGCCCACAACCAAGAGCUGCUGCUCAGCCUGGAGGAGCUGGAGGCCAGGCUGUGCCAGCACCAGGACACGGCGGAGGUACUGAGGGCCAAGCUGCAGGCGGAGGAACAAGACGCGUCCACGCUCCGACGACAGCUCCUCUCCUCCCAGGAUGCACUGCGGCAGCUGUCGUCCGAGCUGGGCUCUCUCAGGAGAGAGAGGGCUGACCAGGACAUCCAGUGUGGGGAGACGGAGGAGAGGAUGUCUGAGGUCAGAGCAGACCUGCUCCAGCUCCAGCAGCAAUACACCACCUGCUACGCCCAGCUGGUCCAGGAGGAGAUGCAGGUGAGCAGGCUGCAGGGGGAGCUUCGUGUGGCGGGUGAGGAGAGAGACGGGCUGGCCUCCCAGUUGAAGGAGAACCAGGGUCUGGGUCAUGAGCUCAACCUGCUGCUAGAGAAACACAGAGCAGCACAACAGGAGGUGGCCAGCAGAGAUGAGGUGGUGCUGAGGCUGACGGUGGAGCUGAGGACAGCCCAGGAGCAGCUCCAGGCAGCGCAGGAGGAGCAGGAGAGGGCCAGGCAGGAGGAGGUCCAGACCGUGCAGGAGCAGGUGAGCAGUCUGCAGGCCAGCCUGAGCCACACAGAGGAGGCCCUGGAAGCCCAGCGCCUCCGAAGCAGCCAGCUACAGCAGGAGAAGGACGUGCUGAUCUCUGAGCGUGACAGCCAGCGGGGGGCGCUGUGUGAGCAGCAGGGGGAGGUGCAGCGCUGGCAGGCGGAGGCGCGGGCCCAGCAGGAGGGCCGCGAGGAGGAGGUGGGGGCUCUGAGGGCCCAGCUCCAGGAGGCCCGGGGCCGGCUGCAGCAGAGCAAGGCCUCCGCGCAGCACCUCCGCGCAGACCUGGAGCAGGCACGCAGACUCAGCCAGCAGGCCGAGGAGGAGGCCUCCGAGAGGGACCUGCGCUUGCGUUCCCAGGAGGCCGAGCUGGUCCGGAUGAAGGCCGUGCUCCAGGAGGCCGAGAGCGGCGCCUCGGACCUGGAGGCCAGGCUGCAGCCUCUGAGCCAGUCCCUGGAGCUGUACAGGACCAAGUACCAGGCCUGCAUGGGGAGACUAGCCCAGCAGGACAGCACUCUGCAGGCCCAGCAGGAGGAGCUGAGGGAGGCCGGGGCCCAGGUGGCGGAGCGCGAGGAGCAGGUGCUGCGUCUGCGGGCGCAGGCGGUGGCGCUGCAGGGCGUGCUGAGGGCCCACGAGGCUCAGCUGGAGAGCGGGGACGAGGCGCUGGGCACCCUGGGCCAGCGUCUGAGGGAGGCCCAGGCCCAGCUGGAGGACAGCGGGAGACACGGCCAGGAGUGCGAGCUGGUCAUCUGCUCCCUGAGGGAGAACACUGCCCACCUCAGGACGCAGGUGGAGGAGCAGCAGGAGAGUGUGGUGAAGAUCCAGGCCGACUUCUCUCUGUACCGAGCCAAUCACGUCCACUCGGACUCGGACUACAACUCCCAGCUCUCCCACGUCCAGGAACUACAGCAGGCCCUGUCUCAGGCCAGGGAGCAGGGCUCCCAGGGUGCCCGGCAGCUGAGUGUGUGCCAGGCGGAGGUUCGGCACCUCAGAGAGGAGGUGUCCACCAUCACCCAGCUCAAGGACAGCAGUCUGGCAGAGGUGCUGCGCGUGCAGGCGGAGGCCUGGCGGCAGGAGAGGGAGGCUGGCUGUGAGGCCCAGCGGAGGCAGCAGGAGGCGGAGCGGCUGGAGGAGAGGGCUGCCAGGCUGGAGCAGGACCUGCAGGCUGCCCACACCCUGGCUGGCCACAGGGAGAAGGAGGUCCAGAAGAGGGACGCCCUCCUGCGCAGGUCCCAGUCCGACCUGCUGGAGGCCCGGGAGGCGCUGCGGGGGCGGGCGGCGGAGCUGGAGCGGCAGGGGGCGGCGGGCCGCGGCCUGGAGGCCGAGCUGCUCCGGGCCCGGAGGGAGGGCCGGCAGAGGGAGGUGGAGGGGGCCGCCCUGCACACCCAGCUGCUGCAGCUGAGAGAGGAGCUGAGGGAGGCCCAGGGACGCUGCAGGGACACGGCCCAGGAGGUGGCUCGGCAGGAGGAGAGGGUGCUGCUGGUGGAGGGGGGGCAGCAGCGGGCGCAGGAGCAGCUGGCUGAGCGGGUGUCGGAGGUGGUGAGGGCGGAGCAGGCCCAGAGGAGGCUGGAGGCGGAGCUGCGCUCGCUCAGGGAGGCGCUGCGUGGCGCUCAGCAGGAGCUACACCACGCCAGAGCCCAGGUGGAAAGCUUGCAGAAGGAGGCGGCGGAGAGCAGGCAGGCCCAGCUCAGCGCCCAGCAGCAGACUCAACUCCACCAGCAGGGGGAGCUCCAGCUGGAGGCAGAGCUCACCAAGACCAGAGAGACUCUCAACUCUCUACAGCAGCAGCUGCAGGAGCAGGCAGGCGGCAGCCAGGCGCUGCGGGCAGAGCUGUCAGAGCAGCAGGCCAGGCAGGAGGAGCAGCAGAGCUGGCUGCACACAUCCAAGGAGAGAGAGACCGCACUGGAGACAGAGAGAGACCAGCUCCACACCCGCCUGGACACGGCUAACAGCCAGCUGAGGAAGCAGGAGAGCGCCAUAAGCAGCCUGCAGGGGCGUGUGGCUGAGCAGCAGAGCGCCGCCCAGAGGCUGCAGGAGGAGCAUGCAGCGUGCCAGGCCCACCUGCAGGAGUGCAGGGGGGAGCUGGCGAGCAGGGAGGCCCAGGGCCAGACACACAAGAGGGAGCUGAGCCAUCUGCAGAAGAGUGUGUCCAAACUGAAGCAGGCCCUGGACGAGGCCCAGGCCAGUGGCAGGCAGGGGGCGAGGGACACAGCUGCAGCAGAGCAGAGGGUGAAGGAGCUGAGGCUGGAGCUGGCCUCCACACAGGCCUCCCACAAAGAGAGCAUGGAGCUGCUGGCUGAGAGGACCAGAGAGGCGGCGGGCCAGCGUAGCGAGCUGGGCCGGUUGCAGCAGAGGAGCGCUCAGCUGGUGGAGGAGCUGGCCGGGCAGGAGGACAGGUGCAGGGUGCUGGCCACAGAGCUCAGCAGGCUCCGCAGCACCAGCUCACACUCACAGGACGAGGCGCGGGCCUGCCAGGGCAGGCUGGCGGAGCUGCGAGCCCAGCUGGGGAGGGCUGAGCGCUGGGGUCAGGAGCAGCGCUCCAGCCUGGAGGCCAGGGAGGAGGAGAUGGUGCUGGUCAAGGUGGAGAUGACCUCCCUCAGGGAGAACUACCAUGCCAAGGUGGCUCAGGUGGAGGCCUUACAAUCCCAGCUGGAGUCUCUGAAGCAGAAGUACAGCACAGCCACUAACGAGGUGGAUGUGCUGCGUCAGUCCCUGGGGGAGGCUCGUUCUGACAGCAGUCGUCUCCACACAGAAAGUGAGCUGGUGGUCUCCAACGUCAACCAGUGGGUGAAGGAGCAGAAACAGGCCAGCGACGCUCUGGGCCAGAAGACCAAGGAGCAGAGCAAGAAGAUCAUCCACCUCACCGCUGAGAGGGAUCACCUGCAGGAGAAUGUGGACAUCCUUCACAGGGAGUUGAGGAGGCUGAAGGCUGAGCUGGAUGACAGGAGGAUGGAAGUGGAGAGGUGCAGGGCUUCUCAGGUCAGCAGGGGUGAGCUGGUCAGUGCCCGGGCCAGGCUCCCCUCCCCCCAGGUCCACACAGGUGCUGAGGUCUUCUCUGGGCCGGACCAGAGCCAUAGAGUAGUGCCCCAGGUCAGACAGAGUCAGGACCAGAAGGAUCAGGGCCAGAACCAGACCCAGGACCAGGAUCAGACCCAGGAUCAGAACAGAGACAGUCUAGCAGCAGGAGACCUGUUCAGUAGCGUCCUGAUCUGCUCUGGCUGUGAGAGGAGCCUUGACUGGUCCAGAGGAGAGCCUGCACAGGAGGAAGGCCCUGGCUGCCCACCUCCAUCACCGCUAGUCUGUGCCUGCCUGGCAGGGAGAGGGCCCACGUUUGCAGCUGAAGUGGCCAGGAGAGUGGCCCUGCGGGCCCUGGAGAGGAGGGCCCUGCCCGAGGCCCACCACCCAGCCUGGGGCCCGACCCGGAGCAGGACACGCUCUCUCAGCUGGGGCGGACCAGCCUCAAGGACCUCAGGAAGACAGCCUGACAGUGACCGACCUGUUAGAGGGGGAACCGCUGUAGCUAGCUAGCUCUUACAGAGGAUUAUAAGAGGUGUUAAUGCUGGGCUAUAAAGGAGAUUGUACACUUCAAUCAUUUUAUUAGGCUUUGCUUUUCUACUUUUCACUAUUGUUAUUUUAUUGUUUAUUCAAUUUGGGGGGUUUAUGUGUUACUAUCAGGGUUAAAUUAUUUUACAUUUUCAAGUUAUUGUAUUUUGGAAGUAAUUAAAUAUUGAUUUAGUAGUAUUCACUAUGUUGAUAGAAAUAUUGAUUCAAACUCAUUCUUAAUAUUUCCUCAUAUUCAUCCACUCAGGGUUCCUCUUAAUUGCAGGUUCACAAACAUAUUGUUGUAGAGUAUUGUUAUAGAAAUCAAAUGUGCCUUACUACCUUAAAUGUCUCAAAUGUGAUAAAUGCUGAGAAAUGUUAAGAAAUUGUACUUUUUAAAUUCUAAUUCAGGACAUAUUGCUAUAGCAUCAUAUCCAGUCUCAUGCAGUCAAUUUGAUGUCUGUGGAUCCUGUUGUUAGUCCUCUGUAUUUUGAGGAGAAUAUCUCAAGUUUUACUCAGAGCCACCUAGUCCUGGAGCAGUUGGACCGUGCGUGCCUGUGCAUCUUAAUGAAUGUGCUGUACAGACAGACGGCGACUAACGAGUCGCUCUUUGUUCUAGCUCUCUUCCAUUCAUCAGGAGCUGUGGGGCUGUGUGAAUCCAGGCGUUGUUGCAGCUUUGAGGCCAACUCUGAGAGUUCCAUGGCCACUAGCCCUCCUCCAUCACAGGGGACGUCUGGGUUUGACAGUAGAAAUACUUUUUUCUAGAAGAAAAAUAAAAGCCCUAAGCAAUAGUGGAUGAGCUGUUAGUGCGCACACAGUCCAUAGAGAGGGAGACCCAUCACACCAGCGUUCUGCACAAAGGAACAUUGAAUGGAAUAAUAAGAGAAAGCGAAAACUGCUAUAGAACUGUACAAACCACCAUGUUGAAGUAUGUCCUUUGAUUUCCUAUUAAAAAAAAUACAAUCAUAAAGUAGUCUUUUCAUGACGUUCGAUUUCGACGGACAUUCGGUUUAAAACAACAGGGCUGCCUUAUAUUGAUCGAUUUCUCCAAAUGCUAGCAGCUGGCUUCUCCGUCAUCAGUGGUCCUGCUCGCAGCCUGUAGGGGGCGCUAGGGACGCAGGGUGACCUCUCAGAGAAGGUGUGUGUCGGAAGCGUCUCCAGUCGAUGGCAUCGAGCCGUAGCUGUUUGCUCACUGGCAGCCUGGGAGGAUUAAUCCUGCCCUUACAGGAAGGGGACACCAUCUCUUUCUGCCAUGGCCAGAUCAAUAGGUAACGUUCUCCCCAGCACAGCAGUCAAUACCCAACACUUAAGGUGUCUGAGGAAACCAGAGAACGCCAAUAAUUGUUAUUAAUGCCCUGGAUUUCCCCAAGCACUGAAUUUAAGGGUAAUUCAAGUUUAAGAGACAUUCAAACAACAUCACAUGGGCAUACAGCCGAUGUCCUCCGACAAUGUGGACAUACAGUUAAGAUAUAGCCUACUCUAGAUGUAUCAACGCAUGGAGUUGGAGCUAUGAAAAUGUUCCCUUCUACUGUACUGUCUACUGCUGACAAAAUGCUACUGGUGUGAGUUUACAGAAAGUUAGACACGGUA